AUGAAUAACAAUUUAAAAAUUGGAAGGGUUACUAUUGGUGCCAAUAAACCACCAAUAAAUAGUAGUUCUCAACAACAACAACAACACACUGUAUCUUCUAACAAUACAACAACCACCACAAACACACCACCACUUUCACCAAAAUUACCAAAAGAUGACAGUUCUUCAAAAACACAAUUAACACCUCUGGCAAACUCGAACAGUAUAUCAAGUGAAGUAACAAAUGAGUUAACAACAACUAAUUCAAAUUCAAGCACAAAAACAAAUAUAAACACAAACACAACUACGAAACAAUCAACCAUUUCCUCACUUCCACCACCACCACCAUCACCAGUUUCACAAAGCUCUCCAAAUGAAAACAGUAUCAGUACUAAUAAUAAUAAUAAUAGUAGUAGUAGUAGUAAUAGUAAUAAUACAAAUAGUAGUUCACUACUAUCAACAUCAACAUCGUCAUCAUCAUCAUCAUCAUCACCUUUAAAUAAAUCACCAAAUACAUCAAAUAUAUCUGUAUCUUCUUCUUCUACUACCAAAUUAAAUCAGCAAACUUCAUCAGCAACAGCACAACACCACCACACAGGAACAGCGCCUCCUAAUCAUAACCAAUCAUUGUCAAGUAAUUCUAAAUCAGUAAGCAGUGGUAAUUUGGUAGGCGGACUUAGCAGAUCGAAUGGAACUGGUACUAUCUAUGGAAAGUCUACAGUUCCACUUGCCAAUGGUGAUCAGACCGUUAAGAUUGCAGGUACUCAAUCACGUAGUGCAACCGUUCUUCUCCACACAAUGGCAAAAUCAGCGGUUGGCAACAAUAAAUCAGAAGCCAACGAAAUCUACCAGCUGAUAGCAGAGCACAAGCUUACAGAGAAUGAGAUUUGGGGUGGUCAUCCGGAUCUCUUCCCUAUUCUAUUUCAAUUUCAACAUCAUUUUACAAACAACAAUACAGAUGCAUCGGGUGGUCAUGUAUUAACAAUUAAUAUGCCAGCGAAUUCCAGUGAGUUUGGUGAUGUUCGAAUGAGAACCUACAAGAUCAGUAAGAAGCUGACAGUUGCACAAACAGUGAAUCUCGUGUGUCGUAAGCAACAUGUAGCGGAUCCACGUCGUUUCAUGUUGGUUACUAUCCUUGGAUGUGUAUUGGACAACGAGCAACUCCUCUCUACCUAUGGUUUCGGAACAUUCUUUAGCUCUUGGGAGCUUUGUCUCAUCUCAAAGGAAGAAUACACCGGACAAAUCGAUGUAAAUCUGCCGCUUGAACAGGUUAGCGGUGAAUACGUCAUCGAUUUCAAACUACCACCACUCAAACAACUUCAAGGUCUGAAAAAGAAGCGAUUAAAAGUUGACUCCUCAAUCACCAUUUCCCAAUUAAAUCAACAAUCAUGA